AUGGAGCUCUCGGACAGCGACCGUCCCGUCAGCUUUGGCUCCACGUCUUCUUCGGCCUCUUCCCGAGACAGCCAUGGCUCCUUCGGCAGCAGGAUGACGCUGGUGUCAAAUAGCCACCUUGGCUUGUUUAACCAGGACAAGGAGGCAGGAGCCAUCAAGCUGGAACUGGUUCCGGCCACACCGUUCCCCAGCAGCGAGCUGCACAGAGCUGAGCCAGGCGGGCAGCAGGGACCGGAGGGGACAGGAGAGAGGCAGCCCCGAGCCCCAUGGAGAGUGGAAGCCAGCGGGGCCACCGAGGCCAGCACAGAAUCCCCCUCGAGCCCCAAACUCCUCUACGUGGAUCGAGUGGUGCAGGAAAUUCUAGAGACCGAAAGGACAUACGUGCAGGAUUUAAAAAGCAUCGUAGAGGAUUACCUUGACUGCAUCAGGGAGCAGACCAAACUGCCUCUGGGCACUGAAGAAAGAGCAGCCCUUUUCGGAAACAUCGAGGACAUCUACCACUUCAAUAGUGAACUUUUGCAAGAUUUGGAGAACUGUGAAAAUGACCCUGUGGCCAUAGCAGAAUGUUUUGUGUCCAAGAGUGAAGAGUUCCACAUCUAUACCCAGUACUGCACCAACUACCCAAGGUCCGUGGCGGUGCUCACCGAGUGCAUGCGGAACAAGCAGCUGGCCAAGUUCUUCCGGGAGCGGCAGGAGGCUCUGCGGCACUCGCUGCCCCUGGGCUCCUACCUCCUGAAGCCAGUGCAGAGGAUCCUCAAGUACCACCUCCUCCUCCAUGAAAUAGAAAAUCACCUCGACCAGGCCACAGAUGGCUACGACGUGGUGCUGGACGCCAUCGACACGAUGCAGCGGGUGGCCUGGCACAUCAACGACAUGAAGCGGAAGCACGAGCAUGCGGUGCGCCUGCAGGAGAUCCAGAGCCUGCUCACCAACUGGAAGGGGCCAGACCUGACCAGCUACGGGGAGCUGGUGCUCGAGGGGACCUUCCGCAUCCAGAGGGCCAAGAACGAGCGGACGCUCUUCCUCUUUGACAAGCUGCUGCUUAUCACCAAGAAGAGAGACGACACGUUCACCUACAAGGCCCACAUCCUGUGUGGCAACCUCAUGCUUGUCGAGGUGAUCCCCAAGGAGCCCCUCAGCUUCAGCGUCUUCCACUACAAGAACCCCAAGCUGCAGCACACUGUCCAGGCGAAAUCCCAGCAAGACAAGCGUCUGUGGGUGCUGCAUCUGAAGAGACUGAUCCUAGAGAACCACGUGGCAAAGAUUCCAGCCAAGGCCAAGCAAGCCCUGCUGGAAAUGGAUGCUGUUCAUCACCCAGGUUUCUACUAUAGUCCUGAGGGAGAGUCGAAGGUCCUCUGUGGUUCAAAGGAAGGCUCUACUCCAUAUCGGCUGAGAAGAAAGUCUGAGCCAUCUUCAAGAUCACAUAAAGUUAUGAAGACCAGUGAAACAACACAAGACAUCCAACAGGCCUCCAGAGAGGACAGGACCCCCCAGCUGGCUUCGGCAGGGCCCACUCCCACCCCAAGGAGCAGUCAGGCCAGCAGCUCCGCCAUCCUCAGCGUGCUGGGCGGGGGCGGCGCUGUGAGGAGCCUCUGGACAGACCACCAGAUCCGGCAGGCCUUGUUCCCCAGCCGGCGGUCCCCGCAGGAGAACGAGGACGACGAGGACGACUACCAGAUGUUCGUCCCCUCCUUCUCCUCUUCAGACUUGAACUCCAGCAGGCUGAGUGAGGACAACAGCACGUCGGGUCGCCCCUGCAGCUGGCAUCUGGGGCAGGGCCCGUCCACAGAGGCCUCCAGCUCGGGCCACAGGGUGGUGAGGAGGGCCAGCAGUGCCGGGGAGAGCAACACGUGUGGCCCCGAGACCAGGGUCAGGACCAGCGAUGGCUCUCAGUACAGCCCCCGGGGGGAACUGCCCAACGGCACGACCGCCGAGGGGCAGGACGCCAUGGUCUCCUUCGGGUCCUCUAUUGAGUUGACUCUUGAUGACAUUGACCACGUCUAUGACAACAUAAGUUACGAAGACUUAAAACUCAUGGUGGCAAAACGAGAGGAAGCUGAGUCCGCUGCCCCCAAAUCAGCCAAGGACUCUGUUCGCCCCAAAAGCACCCUGGAGUUAGCCUCCUCCAAGAGGCAGAGUGGCCAAGAGCAGGGGACCCCUCACACGCGAAGAGAUGGGACUCUGCCGGGCAGGAAGGCGUCCAGCCAGAGCACUCGUGACCUCAAGGCGGUCGAAGAAAACAUCUAUGACACCAUCGGGCUCCCCGAACCGUCAUCACUGAACUUCAAGUGCAGCAGCCUCAAACGGUCAAAGAAGGGCAUCUUCCUGGGCCUGGAGGCCGACUUCGCCUGCUGUGACAGCCUGAGGCCCUUCGUGUCUCAGGACAGCCUGCAGCUGAGCGAGGACGAAGCCCCCUUCCACCAGGGAGCCCCCGAGAAGGACUAUCUGAGCUUGCUCUACGACUCCCCCAGGUGUAAUAUGUCGGCGGCCGACAAGGCCAUCUCUGACAAACUGUCCGAAGAAGUCGACGAGAUCUGGAAUGACCUCGAAAACUACAUCAAGAAAAAUGAAGACAAAACCAGAGAGCGCCUCCUGGCUGCCUUUCCCGUUAGCAAAGACGACGUGGGGGACAGACUGCACGUGGGGAGCACGCCCGAGCUGGGCAAGGUUGCUGCUUACCCCACGUCCACCUCCACCUCCACCUUCUCCCUGCCCGAGAGCCACACCUUCCUCAGCCCCCUGCGGACCAGGCCCUGCUCGGCUAGCCAGGCCCACCACCCGCUGGCCGAAGACCUGACUCCUCACCAAGGCUCCUGUGUGAGUCUUAACCGGCUCUCUCUGGCCAGCGAGAUGCCUGUGAUGGAGAAUCCCUACGACCUGGCCAGCAGCAGGCUGUCCCAGAUGGACCCAGACGCCCCUGAGUCAGGGGCAGAGGCCGCAGAGAAGACGAAAAGCAGGGUUUUCUUGAUGGCUCGGCAGUACAGCCAGAAGAUCAAGAAGGCGAAUCAGCUGUUAAAGGUGAAAAGUCCGGAGUUGGAACAACCACCGCAGCCUCACUCGGUGCACAAAGACCUGGCCGCCAUCCUGGAGGAGAAGAAGCAAGGAGGGGCCGCCAUUGGUGCCAGGAUUGCCGAGUAUUCCCAACUCUAUGACCAGAUUGUAUUCCGAGAGCCUCCCCUUAAAGCUGAGAAGGACAGCUGGGCCGGCCAGCAAGAACCCUCCGGCCUCAGGGCCACGCCGCCUUCCCAGGCUCAACACGGCAGCGAAGACUGGCUUUUACAUUCAACCUACAGUAACGGAGAAUUAGUCGACUUCUGUCCCCAGCCAGAGCAAAACGUGAAGUCCAAAUAUUCCACUCUAGAAAUCAGUACAAAAAGUCCUCCCAGACAACUGUCCACAGCGUGCUCUGUGCCGUCUCUUCAGACCAGUGACCCUCUGCCGGGCCCCAUGCAGAGACACAGCGUGGUAGUAAGUCAGCCCAACAAGGAGAGUUUGUGUCCGGGCCACCUUUACAACUCUCUGGGCCGGAAAGGCAUCAGUGCUAAAUGUCAGCCUUACGGCAGGUCCCAGUCGUCCUCCUCAAUCUUGCUGAACAGAUCAGGGGACUCCAUCAGCUACCCGGGAGAGACGGAGAAGGAGUACCUGCUGCCUUCACACACCAGCUCCGGCUGUGACGGUCACCAGGAUUUGCUGCCGAUCGGUGUGGACCCCUGUCACCAGGGCUCUGCAAAACACCCCGAGCUCACGCUCCAAGACUCGCAGAAAGUUCUAGUAGUGAAUAGAAUUCUCCCCCUGAGUGCACACAUAGCUACCCAGAACUAUUUCUCCAAUUUCAAAGAGUCGGAAGGAGAUGAAGAUGACUAUGUGGAAAUCAAGUCAGAAGAAGAGGUGGAGUUGGAGCAAGCGCAUGAAGGUAGGAGGUCUGACCCAAGGCUGGCGGAGGCUGACUCCUUUGAUAACGUCUACAGCAGCAGCCCGUCAUACGCUUUAAACAGUCCUUGCACUCCCAAGAAGCCCAUGAGUAGCAAACUUGGUCUCUCACCCUAUCUGACAGCCUACAGCGAUUCUGACAAACUGGAUGACUAUCUCUGGAGGGGGCCCUCUCCCAACCAACAAAACAUCGUCCAGUCUCUACGGGAAAAAUUUCAGUGUCUAAGUUCAAGCAGCUUUGCCUAA